UCAAUAGUUCAAUUAGGCCCCUGCUGUCUUUUUUCUUGGUUUUUUUUUAUGCUAGCUAGCUUCAUUUUACAGAAUAGACAUCAAAACUGGAAAUAGAUAGUUACCAAAACAUGAACAUCCUCGGUUGCAAUAUUUGGAAUUGGACCGUCAGUGUGAGAAGAGCUGACAGGAUUUUUUCGUUUGCUGGAUUUUCGAUUGGUGGUGCUCAUGGCUUUCGAUGGAGAGAGAUGGGCAGAUGGCGAGUGGCGACUGCCGUCGACGAGGGGCGACAAUGGGGGCCCUGCGCCUGCACUGCUGGAAGCUGGAUGGUGGUGGCUGACUGGCUGUCGUGCUCUGCUCUGCUACCCCCGGCGCCGGCGGUGACUCAUGGUGCAGAGAUGGAGGGCGGCGACUCUCGACUCUCGAGACUCGAGUUGUUGUUGGGAGGCAGGCGUGGCGGCGACUGGAAAUCAGUGAUGGGAGGGCGGCGGCGACUGAGGGUCGGGAGACGGAACAGAAUGGAGUUUUGGCUGCUGGUCGCUGGAGGGUCGGGAGACGAUCGAUUCGAAGGAGACUGGCUGGCGGCUGCUGGAGGUGGAGGGCGAGACUCGAGAGGCAGAGAGGAGAGGCAGAGGCCGAGAGGGUUAGGGGUUGUUAGGGCUUGUUUCGGUUGGGAUUGGGUCAUUGGGAGGCUGGCUGCUGGGCUGGGUUUCUUCAAUUGGGUUUGGGCUUGCAGCCCAGCCCUUGCCCCUUGGCCCAUUACCACUUACUAGCUUAUACAACAUUUCGGUUUACGGUUCGGAAUUCGGAAUUCGGUUUCGGGCGGUACCACCAUGUAUUCCGAAGUAGAAGGAUUUUGCAUCCGAAUUCCGAUCCGAAAUGAAGGAAAUUCGGUUUCGGUCGGUUCGGGGUCGGUUCGGUUCGGAGAGUUAAAACCGGACCGAACGCCCACCCCUAGCAAGGAAGGGUGAUUUGCAUAUCUCGCACGUAAAGAAUGGGUGCUUCCUUGUCAGAUUUAGGCAUCAAGAUUAUUAUAACACGGCUAUCAAUGGAGGGCCAUGGCUGCUAAGGGACACAUACCUCACAAUAGUGCGUUGGUAUAAGGGUUUUAAUCCAUGGACGAUGGAGGUCAAAUCUACUUUUGUAUGGGUUCAACUACCAGAUUUGCCUAUUGAAUUUAUCAAUAAAGAAGCAGCAAGGCGAAUAGAGGCACUGAUAGGGAAACCGGUCAAGGUGGAUAGGGCGGUAGAAGAGGGAGCACGUGGAAAUUGUGCUCAUGUAUGUGUUGAGGUGGAUCUGACUAAACCAUUCUUAUCCAGAUACAAAGUAGAAAGGAUCAAAUAAUUUAUUCAAUAUGAACGUCUAGAGAACAUUUGUACGGAGUGUGGGAAGUAUGGAAAGCCAACAGUUAUGUGCACGUGCUAGGACCCUAUGGUGGAACGGGAACAUGAGUCAGUCUCUAUUGUCCCUAAAACCCCUUGAUAGACCAAUAAUUACAAAUGUUUCUACCCCUAUUCUUGAGCCGUUUGAGAUGUCGAUUCCCGCGUUUUAGGCCGAUUUCACGCUAGGUUGUUCGUGUUUGUGAUAUUUCAGGUCCUAGCACAUGAAUGAAGGCCUGGGAACGAGUUCGGGGUCGAUUGGACGAAGAUUGGACGUUUGGCGAGAAGCUGGGAAGCCACGCGGGCACCAUUUCACCUCACACGGCCGUGUAGGGGCCCCUUGUGGCCGUAUGAAGGCUCGGUAAAAGCCACACGGGGAGCCUGGGGAGCCACACGGCCGUGUGGCCUCUGCCCGUGCAGCUUGCCUGGUUGCCCACUAAUCGAAACGCCGCGUUUGGACACUCACACGGGCAGCUGGGAAAGUCACACGGCCGUGUGGCCUGGCCGUGUGAGUCGGGAAUUUCUGGUUUUAAGCCAAUUUCGAGCCAAAGGAGGGGGAGAGCUGAGUUUUGGUUCCCAAACACCUAAGGGACGAACCCUAGAGAGAGAGCGACUUGGGAACAUUAUUGGAGCUAUUGUGGAGGAUUUCUUCACCAUUGGAGCUCGGGAAUCAAGCUUGGAGAUGGAGAUUGAAGAUCUAGAUCAGAUUUCUGCAGUCUCUCUCUUCUCUAUGGAGUAACUUCCCUUCACUUAGGUUUUGAGGAACCCUAGUUCCAUGUGUUAGGAUCUUUCUUGUAUGAAGUUUUGGAUGCUAUAUUGUUUUAUUAUAAUCGAUUGAGGCAUUAUUUAUUGAGUCAAUAGAAGGCUGAUCAUCUUCUCUUGAUUUCUGCUUUAACCUAUGAUAGAUAGAAUCUGAUUAGGUUAAGAGAGCUUCCUUGAUUGAUAGUGGUGAAUUGGUUGUGCGAGAGUCAAUCAAUUCACUGCUUUGUACUGGAAUUCAUUCCAGUAGUGGAGAUCUGUGUGAAUCGCCUUAGCAGUCUAUCCCGGUGAAGGCUAGUUGCCUGCCGGGUAUUCUGUCUAAGAGGGCUUGGUCAGCUUAAGAGAUUCCAAGCUAAUUUAGGAUCUUCCGCAGUUUAAUCAACAGUAGAUCACCCAAAAGUAAUUGCAACUUGGACCUAAUUGAGGAGCUAGGGGGAAUCAUACCUAAGUGAGUUCCCAACUUGUAAUUAGUAGAGUAGUUAGUAGAGUAGUUUAGUAAAUCAAUCCUUAAUCUAGUUUGCUAGAUAAUGAACUGAAGCUGAGUAA